AUGACAAGUCAGAUAUGUGUUUCAUCCUCUCCUGCCAAUGAUUCAAAUGAUUUCAGUAUUAUGAUGCGAUUCAAAGUCGGUCUUUUUUCUGGAGUGUCGAUCCCGCCUAUUGGUACCAAUUUAACAAUCAAAAUGGAAGCAUUGUUGACUCCAAAGCUUACCGCAAAUAUUUCCAUGAUAGUGUCCUCAAACUGUCCGAUUCAAUAUGAUUCAGUUAAUUUUACCAAGUGCCCACAGCAAGUGGAAAUAGGUGGGAUUUAUGAAUAUUCUGUAAACUACUUUAUAAGUAGACCGAUUGGUGACUACGUGUUCACAUUCACUACUGAUGAAUAUAGUGCUUCGAUUGGACAUAUAUCUUUAACGCUACCUACAACAUUCUCUACAUACCCAGAAGGUUACAAAAUAGAUACUCAACAAUUGGUUGGUAGCAACUUCGUACUGACUACCAUUGGCUACGUCAGCGUUUCAAAUCUACAAAAUCCAGGUGUAUAUAACACUACCUUGCCAAUAACCAAUCGAUCAGUUCUUCUAACAGUUUUUAUCCAGAUAUAUAAAACAAGUUUGGUAUCCGUUAAGUUUGAAGCGAAAAUCUCACCAUUAGGUGAGAAUUCUACAGUGAAUUUUUGUGAGAGCCAAGCCAUAGCAUUUGCAAGUCCUAAUAUGGCUUCGAGCAAUAUCAUAACAUUAAAGGACACCUCAAUCGUGAAUGAAGUUGAAAAGUUGCACUUCUUCAAUUUUCAACUGAGUAUUAUACCUUAUGCAAGAGUAGCUUAUGGUAUUGCGAUAUCUAAUUCUGGUAAACUACAGGUGGAACUAUGUUCUGUGGAUUACUUGCUAACAGAAAACAAUUCAAUUAAGAAAGUCUCUAAAACUCCUGCAGUUACCAUUGAAAAAGUCGAACCACGAAGUUCACAACCAGCGGUAAACUUUAGUACAGUUGUAGAAGUUCGAGUGAAAUUCGUUAAAGACUUUGUCUACAUACCGGUAAUUUUUCAGUUACAAGUAAAUUCAAGUGAAGCAAUUAUAAUCAGACAAAGUAUUCAAACAAUUGGAUAUCUAUUGAAAACUGUAGCGCCUGUGGGUUCUGAUCUUUCUGUUAAACCUGACUUGGCUAAAUUUCAAAUAAAUUCGGUGUACUUCAAUGAAUCAUGUACAGAUGCUCAGUGUGAUAUUGCAUUGCGUUAUUCGAUAAUUCCAAUUACCACAAAGCCUUUAGUAAUCACAUCAACAUUUACUUCUGGUGUAUCCAGUUUUACGAAAACGUUAGCUAUUACUCCACGAGCUAACUGUUCCGCUGUACUGUCAUCAAGUCAAGCUCCAGGAGUUAAUUUAACCUCUAGUGAUUCAAAUACAGUCAAAAAUCAAGUUAUACCAAACUCUCUUACAUCAUUUAAGUUAACGUUAACUCUGAAACCCAAUGUAUGGCAGACGAUAUAUUUCCAACUUUAUGCUCCAGGUGCUUACCAAGAAUACAUACUUGUCAGGCCAAUUAUACUAAGCCAAUUAACAUCAUUGACAUAUAUCAGCAUAAAUUCGGACUCUUUGGAAAAUAUGGUUUAUCUCAGUAUAGAUAAAGCUUAUUACGAAGGAGUCGCAACCGAUCAAACUAUUUCGGCAGCAAAUGAGUUAACUUUGUAUAUCCCAAUGUUCACUGCAAAUUCUGUCAGACCACUGGUCAAUUUUACUUACAAUUUGACAGUUAAUUCAAUCUCUAUAUUUGGUAGCUUCAUAUUUACUACCACUACUCCAGCAGCAUUUAUUACAACUCUUUCAAGUACUUGUACUUUAACUUCUCCAAGUGCCACUGAUUUUUAUAAACAAAUGUGUACUGGAGGACCGUUUGAAUUUGUGAUCAAUAUGUGUCCGGUUGAAAGACGUUGUUCAUUCUUUACACACUGGAUCAACAGAAUUGUGAAUGGUACUGCAGCUCUUAAUGUUACAAAUGUAACUGUACUUACGUAUGGUGCGGAUGUGUGGCUCUCAACCUCGUUCUCUUUCAAUUUGACGUAUGAACCUAGUUAUGUGAAGCUUGAUUACGGCCCAGUAUGCACCAUUAUUCCGAUUUCUCUAUGUAUACAAUUCAAAUAUACUGCUUAUCUAAUGGGAGAUUGCAAUGUGACAGCGACAACAAACUACGUUUUCCCCAUAUUUGUUAAUCUCAGUGGGAGUACAAAAAAUUUCACCGUCCCGAGUAUGACAUUUAAUGUAAUACCAAGUUUCCUAAUAUACACUGAUAUUAUGAUUGAAGUAAGUCCACCUAAUGUAAAGCUGCAGCCUGGUGAAAGAACAACUAUCAAUAUCAAAUAUAUAUUCCCAUUGAAUUCCACCUAUCUGAAAUCUACAGUACGAAUCAAUGGAACUGGAAGCAACAGUACUAAUGAAAGUAUAAUAACAAUUGCAGAUUUUAAAAUAAGUUUGGGUUCUAACUUAUUUUACACAACAACUGCUUACUCAUCUAAUUAUUUGUCAACUUAUCCAACCAAUCAAACUGAUCAGUUGGUAGUUUACUUCGAAAAUAUCACUAACAUUGGUACGGUAGGUGUACCCACAAUGCGAAACACUCUCAGUAUUUCAGUGGAUAUCCAGUUGAGUGAUAGUAAAAUGGUAGAAAACGGAACUGUUUGGCCGUUGCAAAUCACUGGUCAAUUCAAUGCUGUCACUAAUAUUACCAGAAUAUCUAUAUAUUGUGUGAGAACUGGGUCAGAAAAACCAUCAAUUCAGGUUGUACUAUCUCAAUUGUCAACGUUCACAUUCAGUGGUUAUCCUGAUAGAGAUGUGGUGUACCUUCAGACAGUCGUUCAAAUGAUGAAUGGUACCGGGUUGGAGUGUGAAAGACAAUCGAUAAUUUUCUAUCUUAGUCCACAAAUAGAAUCAAUCAAUGUAGUUAAUCAAACAGGGAACAUAGAUAAUGUAACAUUGAAAACUCCUUUAAACCCGGUAACUAAAUCAGUUCAGUUCACGGCAGGACGUUUGUAUUUUGGUGCAAAGUAUGAAGUCAUCUUUAGCCUGAAAUUCAAUCCAUCUCUUAGUACAAGCAUUGUGAAAUAUCCAGUUCUGGCUGAAAUUGUGUGCAAACCCUAUGAACGUAGUAUUCCUGUAGUGAAUAGCUGCGCAAAACAAAAGUUUUACAAGUUCAAAUCUCCCCUGCGUGUUGAACUUGACUACACUUAUCCAUACAACUUACCUCAUUACGUUGCAAUCCAGAACUCUUUUGUACAGUUGCCAGACCGUCAAGCAAAUACAUUUCUCAAUGUUGGUGAUCUUUUGUUUUAUUGUGGACGUGCAAUCGGUAUAAAUGGUUCAUUAGAUUUGGUGAGGCGUUGUUUCAAGAUUAGUAAAUUGCCUGAAAGAAUUUGGUUUGAUGUUGGACCAUCUGUUGAACAAAUCAUAGCAUACACAAAUCCACUUGGCAUAUUGUUCGGUUUGGGAUCAAAUGGUGGAGGUGCAGUAAUGAGUAAGGAUUUGGGAGAAACAUGGAUUUCAAUCAACUCAUUUAUGUAUCAAAAGACUUUGAAUACGUCGACUGAAAUCAUCACAGCAAGUGUCAUGCCUUGGAUCUCAUUCAUUGGAUCAAUUGACAACACACUGUUUGAGUCAUUUUGCAAGAUGCGAGUGGCUCAACAAUGGAAUGUAUGCAUCAACGGAAUGUAUGCGAAUGUACUUCUAUUGGCAAACUGGACUAACACCUGUCCAAACAUCAAACCUUUUUAA